AUGGAUUUUGCAAGUCAUUUUAACCAUACGCUUGGCUCCUUCACAGAUGCGUUGACCGGUUAUCCGACCCCUGUGUCUGUGCUUUACGAAGGCCUGGACAUUGAUUCGCUUUCCAUUUUUGAGAAGUUGUGGGUGCAAUGGUACCAGUACUGGGGCAACCCCGUCAUUGCCACUGGCGUUUUCAGUUUUGUGUUGCACGAGAUUAUCUACUUUGGUCGCUCCAUCCCGUGGAUGAUCAUUGACCAAAUGCCGUCGAUGCGCAACCACUUUACCGUGGAAUUGCCGCAGAUCUGGUCCUUCCAUCCCAUCUGCGAAUACUUUGGCUUGACCACGCAUGCUGUUCCGUUUCCCUCCUGGCUCCAGAUUCUUUGGCAGAUCACAUUUUUUUUUGUAUUUGAGGACAUGUUCCACUACUGGGCUCAUCGUGCGCUGCACUGGGGCCCUCUGUACAAGCACAUUCACAAGAUGCAUCACGAGUUUAGUGCACCGUUUGGUCUUGCUGCCGAGUAUGCGCAUCCCCUUGAGGUAUUGAUUCUUGGUAUGGGCACUAUUGGUGGGCCAUUGCUUCUUUGCGCAUUUACGCAGAAUCUGCAUCUCGUGACGGUCUACAUUUGGAUUGUUUUGCGCCUCUUCCAGGCCGUGGAUGCUCAUUCGGGCUACGACUUCCCGAUCAGUCUACACAACUGGAUUCCAUUUUGGGCAGGUGCUGACCACCAUGACUACCACCACAUGGCAUUUUUGGGCUGCUACGCAACUAGUUUCCGCUGGUGGGACCACUUUAUGGGGACAGAUUCUGGUUAUCAGCGCUGCCGUGCCCGGGAGCAGGCAGCGAAGGCGAAAGCUGCGGAAUCAGGAAAGCCUAUUGGAGUCAUUCCCAGUGCGUCCGCAACAGGUGCAAAGCUGAAAACCGCUGCUUAA